GGUUCAGCUCACUGAGAAAAGAAGGCCACAGGUUUUGACACACAUUUUAAUCCACCUCUUAUAGAAAGAGUUUUACACAUCAAAGUCUGCUCACAUGUUUUGGAGACUAUGAGUGCAGAUGUGAAAUGAAGUGUGUAAAGCCUUAUGGCUUCAGAACGACUUCGUUCUUCGGUCCGAACCCGUCCGAAUCCAAAUGAACCAAUUUUUUCCAAAGGCCCGUCAGGCUCGGCCAAAGAUCUUCAGCUGUGUGCAACUGCAUGAGGGUUGCAUCUUAGUUUGGAAACGCGUGGAGAAACCAUAUGAGCAGAUCUUUUGCGCCACCUUGUGGCAGCGACACAAAGCACCACCAUGCAGGUGCCCGAACCAGUUUCACUUUCUGUUGUGCUGAAUUGAAACGAUAAACUAAAGUUAGAAACUCCAGAUUAAACUUCUGCUGUUGUUAUCCAAAGAUUUCCAUCCAUGGAUAAGAAGGAAGCAACGCGCACAUGCGGACAGUGCCACAGAGAGGUUGCAGAGGCCAACUUUGCUCUGCAUGAAAUGCACUGCCACCGCUUCUUAUGUCUGUGUGCAGACUGUGAGGAGGCAGUUCCCAAAGAGCACCUGGACCAGCACAGAGAGGAACAGCACACCCAGGUGAAAUGCUCCAAGUGUAACCAGAAGAUGGAACGUCGGUACCUCAUGGACCAUGAGUCUGAUGAGUGCGUGGAGCGUCUACAGAGCUGUCAGUUUUGCGAGCUAGAGCUGCCAUGGAAGGAGCUGGACGAACAUCACCUGGUCUGUGGGAGUCGCACAGAGCUCUGCGGGGACUGCGGCCGCUAUGUCACCAAGAGGGACCAGCCCGAGCACAGCCUGACCUGCUCAGCUAGUGACAAUGGCUCAGGUCCUCCUGAAACUACCAGCAAACUACCACCAAACAACACAGAGGCAACAGUGAUUUGUGACAGAUGUUCAGCACCAUUUCCAGCUAAGGAUAUAGAGGAACAUAAGCUGGAGUGUGUUAAAGCGGGCAGCUCUGUGGAUGAGGAGGAUGAGCCAGAGGAGGAAGAAUUGACAGAUGUGAGAGAUUUUUCUGGAUGGGAGCGCACUUAUUGGCUAAACAGUGCCUAUAAGGCAACCUCCCUGUCACACAGACCCAGCAGGGGUCCCAGGGCUGAUACAAGUGACCCAGAUGAGAUCAGCACCUGCCCCCACUGUCAUCUGGCCCUGCCCCUCCCCACACUUCGUUGGCAUGAGGUGAAGUGUCAAGUCCACAUUCUCAUGAAAUAAAGAAGAGAGCUCCUCAGAAGGGAUAAGCUGCUGUACAAGCUUUUGAUCAGUGUGUCAUUACCAAAGAGAUCAAAAACGAGCAUUUGGGCUGGGGAAAUGUAAUUUUAUUAUUAGCCUAUUUUAGUUUUCAUGCUUAAAUCUUUACUUGAGGGUUUACAUUAGGGGUGUGCAAAAAUAUCAAUAUGGCAAUGUAUUGCGAUACUUCUUUUCACGAUAUACUACAUCAAUUUCUGACUCCAACAAUCGAUUAAUAAAAUAAUAAAAUAAAAUUUUUACAUUUUCACUGAACUAUGCUGAAUAUCGCAAUAAAUUACAAUAUUACAAUAUAUCGUGAUCGUAUUGUAUCGUGACAAAUGUGUCGUGAUAUGCAUCGUAUUGCGAAGUCCUUGCCAAUACCCACCCCUAGUUUACAUUUUGUUUUCUCUCAUAAACAUGACUUUGACACUCCUAAGAACUUCCUUUUGUUGAAUACAGCUACUAAAAUGUAAUGCUGUCUAAAAAACUGAA